UUGGGGUCAACAGUGCCUCAUCGUGCAUUGCUGAGCAGCUACCGGUUCUAUUUUUCCUUCUCUUCUAAAAUGUGAGCAUCUCUGGGUGAGUGAAAGCAAAGAUGGGCAGCACUCAGGCCGAGAAGUCCAUGAUGGACCUGGUUGACCUGUUUCACAAAUACACCGGGAGUGACGACACGAUCGAUGAGCCUGGCCUGCAGAAGCUGAUGAAGGAGAAUUUCCCCAACUUCCUCAAGGCCUGUGAAAAGAAGGGCAUACAUUACCUGGAUGAUGUCUUUAAGAAAAAACACAAGAAUGAGGAUGGGAAGAUGGAUUUUUCUGAGUUUCUCUCCUUGAUGGGGGGCAUAGCCGAUGACGUCCACAAACAGAGCCACGGGGCGGAGCCCUGUUCCGGGGGAGACCAGUGAA